GAAAGGCCUUCAGCAUCUGCAGGGAUAUUAUUUUGUUUAGUUGUAAAUAUUGUGAAUUCUGUGACAUAAUAAAGAUAUCUGCCACUAUGGUUGGACAAUCUUCCUCCUUUAGCAGGUUGCUUUUGGGAUGCUUAAUUCUGUUAUUGUUAUACUUCUUGUAUAUGGAUGCCAAACUGUAUUCUCGUAUUCAAAAUUUUCCACUCCGGAGAAAUAUUGACAAUAUGUCCGUACUUGAUUCAAAUUCUUAUGGCUCCUGUGACUUUUCUCCUUUGUGUGAUGUAACUGUUAAAUCUAUAAUGUUAGACCAUCCCAACCAUUAUUUGUUUAGCCCAAUGGCUACAUUAUUUGAUAAAAUAUUUAGAAUACAUGAAAUAGAGUACAUAACACCAAAUAUGAUAAGUGUGUUUCAUGUGUUAAUUGCUGUGGCAUCAGCUAAAUGUGUAGCAUCUGAUUCUUUGGUUACACGCCGGGUUGGAGUUGCUUUGUUUUUAAUCAGAAGCAUGUUAGAUGAACUUGAUGGACAUGUUGCAAGAGCACGUAAGAACAUACACGGUGAGGGUUCAGAAAUUGGCUCAGUGGGCUUUUUUGUGGAUGGCUUGUGUGAUGCUCUAGGAACAACAGCUCUGCUUAUUGGUUGCCUAAUAUACCUAAAAAACAAUCCACCUAGAAGAGGUUACACUCACCUUCAGUCACUUAUUCCGCAAGUAAUGGAUGCAACAAAGGAAGUAGGACCAGGAUUUGUUUACAAAGGCAAGAUCACAUCAAAGAAAAUUUUUCAGACAUUGAGCUGUAUUGGAGCACAACUACUCCUCAGCUCAACUGCUUGGAAUCGAUACAUUGCCCUCUACCAAGAUCUCCUUGAGCGAAGAGCUGUUACUGAUGCCCAAGCUUUGUGUCAAAUACAGGCAUUCCGGUCUUUGCUUAUGUGGGUGGUGGCAUGGUUGUGGCGUAUUUUUAACCCGCAUGCUUUAAUCAAUGCAUUACUUGUGGCAGUUUUCUGUGAUAAAUUGUGGGAAUUCUUAUGUGCCAUACAGUAUGUGGGUUUCCUCAUUCUUGUAAGCAUUGUAUGUAUUUCUGAAAUGCAUGUACAGGAAGUCCAGUCAUUCAUUUAUAAGACCCUCACUAAUAGUACAGCUGUUUAGCAUCAGUAUUUAAAAUGGCAAUGUCUCAGUAUAUUUUUAUGUAUGAAAGUCACCAUCUUUCAGUUAAAUUAUUAGAAAAAUUUUGCAUUUUGGGGCAUUUAUUUAUAUUUAUUUUACGUUUGCUCUGCAUAUGCAAGCACUGUUGCAGCUGUCUGACACAUUGUUUUGUAUUAUUAUUUUAUUGUUGUGUUUACAUUGUGUGAUGAGCAUUUUGUUUUUUGCUGUUUCAUUUGUACUGUUGGCUUAUUCACCUAAGAAAUGCAUUAACAAAAACAUUGCAUAGAUUUUAAUUUAUGUGUAUUAUAACAAGAAUGAUGAUUAGGUUUGAAGAUGUUAAUAAGUUAUUCAGAAUUUUUAUUACUGGGUUCAUAGAACUGUUUUUGCAUCUAAAACAACUUACAUGGAAGUAGUUUCUGACAUGAUUUGUUGCAUGUGAACCUGAACUGAUAUACUCCUCAGGAUUUUGAAGUUUAGUAAGAAGAAUGCAUUUAUGCUUUUAUGUUUCGCAUUAGGAAAGUUAAGACUCUAUUAAUUUUUCUUUAAAGAGUGCCUUGCCCUUAUGCCACCCUUAUAUGUGGGACUGUUAGCCUGUAACUGAACUAAAUGUUUGCGAGUCACAGUAUAGAAAUGCCUUACAGUAGCAAUGUGUAGAGAUGGAGGUAGCAGUGGGAAGCAAAGAUUGGGAGGUACACAAAUAUAGGACUUAUAGACAAUCACAUACCUCAGAGUUGAAGUAAUAAACAAUGAUUGAUGUACUGAAGGGGAAUAUAAUUUUCAAAUUUAAGCUUUUCUUUUUCAUUAUUGAGAGUGAUUUGAUAGUGUUUUCACAUAUUGUAUGUCAGAGUGGGUAUGCUAUCCUGGGAUAUUUCGUUUUCACUUCAUAGGAAUAACUGGCCAUAAUUUUUAUUCUGUAGAAGGAAAAAGCUAUGAUUGUAUCAAAAAUAUGCCCGUUUCUAUUAGUACACUUUAUAGUUUUUUAUUUUUAAUGUAGAACAGUCUAAUUUUUGCCCAUGAAUUUCUUUUC